AUGAGUUUACAGUUACAAGAUUUAUUAAAUAAAGAUUCAGAUUCAGCUGGCCCAUUGCUUGAAUCGGAUACUAUUGCUUCUGUUUCAUCCAAAACAACAGUACCAUCGCAAUUACAAGCUAAUAAUAAUAAUAAUGUGGAAGUUGUUCCAACUCUAGCUGCUGGUAAAAAUUUUAGCGCUAUAGCAUGUAAAAAAAAUAAAACCAUAGAUAUUAGUAGCGUAUUGAAUGAAAGCGAUAUUGGCCAAAUUAAUAAUAAUAAGAAUGAUAAUAAUGCUACUAAUAAUAGAACAUUAAUUACCCCUCCGGGGUCAGAUGUAGAAAAGGCCUCAAGAGAUGAAGAAAAUAUUAAUUAUGAGAAUAACAAGACUGUUGAUAAUGUUAAACAUGUUAAAGCUGGUAAAUUUAAUACUAUCGCUACCAAUAUGAAGGUAAAUGGUAAUAUGGUAAAUAAUCCAAUUUUAAAAGAACCUUUAAUAUGUCAAUGGCAUAAAUGUAACUUGAAAUUUUAUUCAGCUGCAUUGUUAUAUCAUCAUUUAUGUCAAGAUCAUGUAGGUAGAAAAUCUCAGAAAAAUCUACAGUUGAAUUGUCAUUGGGGUGAUUGUAAAGUUAAAACAGAAAAAAGAGACCAUAUUACAUCACAUUUAAGGGUCCAUGUUCCAUUAAAGCCAUUUGUUUGUUCAAAAUGUCAAAAAUUUUUUAAAAGACCACAAGAUUUGAAAAAACAUUUGAAGAUUCAUCUGGAAUCGAAUAUAGCUUCGAAAAAGAAAAGAGGUCGUAAAUUGGGUUCUAAAAAUGUCGUUAGGAAGCAAAAUAAUGCAACAGUGGAUUCCACAAAUUUGAAGAAUUUCAUUAAUAAUGAUAUUCAUUCAGUAGAGCCAAUAUUGAAUUCAGAUUUGAGAGAUAAAUUGAAAAACAUUUUACCAUUACCAACUAAAGUUGUUUCUACUCCAAAUCAAACCCAAGAUGUUUCUACGCCGGUACCAUUAGACUUUAUCCUACAACAAGAUGUUCUCACUCCACAAAGUGUUACAUCGUCGAUUAGUAACAGUGAAUUCCGUAAUUUGUCAAAUAGUUCUAGUUCACUAUCACCUGUUUCUGAUGUCCGUUCAAAUAUUACUAUUAAUGGACUUCCAAAGGCAAAUCCUACUUUGGCUCAAAAUCAUUUUAACCAGUCUACAACAAACACUUAUAUACCACCAAAUUCAACUAUAUUACAUACAUUUGACGAUAUACCAAGAACUUAUGUUCCUGCUGCAGUAACAUUUUUCACUAAACUAUCACAAAAUAUGGUUCUACAACAACAACAGCCACAGAAACAACAGCAACAAUCAGUGCAACCAGUACAAUUUAUUUCACAACAACAACAAGACCCUCAUAUGUCUAUUCCACAAUAUGUGCAUGUACAGCAGCCUUCUUCUGCUGCAACCAGUAACUAUCCAACACCUGGUUCUUUAAAUGAUUAUGGUAACGUAGAGUAUCCAGUGAUUCCACAAUUACCACCUAUUGGGCAGACUUCAAUUGCUUCACAACCGGUAGCAUAUGCUACACCUGCUGUUCCUGCACAAACAACUACACCUACUACAUUACAACCUACAUCUACAAUAGUACCAAUGGCUACACUACCUGUACUACAACCAAGAUUACAUUUCCAAAUGCCUUCAAGUGCUAUGGCACAACAAUUAGCACCACAGAGUAAUAACGGUAUUUAUUACAAACAUUAUGGUGUGUAUCAAAUGAAUAAUGGUCGAUCCGAAGAAUCUGAUGAUGAUUCUUCAGAGAUUGAUGAAGACGAAGAAAAUGGAUCAGUUAUUUUAUUAAAUGAUGAUGAGGAAGAUGCAGAAUUAUUGGAUGUUGUUAAUCUGGUUAAAGAUUAUUUGGUUUGCACUCUAUUAGAGGAAGAUUUUGAACUAGAUGUUGAUGAAAGGGUUGUGGAACAAAACAAUACUGAAAAUAUGUCUGAUAUCAAAUCGUUGAGUGACAAAUUUGACAAAGUUUUGAAAUACCCAAAGAUAGUUUUAUGA